UUUAUUACAUUAUAUAUUAUAUUAUAUUUUAUAUCAUAUAUAAUUUUUAGGAUUUUUUCCAUUUCUUAAAAUAUAUAACAGGAGUGUUAUACGUAUAUUUCGUUCGUAUACUUCUUCCUAUAGUUAGUUACAAACGCAAUGGCGAAUCUUCCUCGAGGAGGAUGGGAAUGACCACUCACCGCUCUGCUACCAUGCAUCUGCGGUAUAAAAGCAACCUCCGUUGCCGCGCGCUCAGUUUCAUUCCGGAGUAACCGAUUGCGAAGCAACGCUUUCAACAUGAAGUAUUACAUCAUAAUACUGGCCGUGUUAUUUCUGGCGGGCGUGGUCCUGGCGUAUCCGCAGAAAGACGGACAAAUCUUCAGCAAUGAGGCGAUACGACAAGCUCAGAAUACCUAUCUCAUCCCUAAGGAUGCGACUAUACAGAAGGUCCAAGAAGGCAUCGAACUGGCCGCUUACGAAUCAAUCCCCGGCGAUCAAAAGAUCAAUCUCUUCGAGAUCUUGGGUGAACACGUGCCACCCGAAGUGGUGAAUAAUCUUCAGACCCAGAUCGAUCAAAUAGGUCGAAAUUAGAUUCCUGCAAUCGUCGUCACCGUCAUCGUCGUGUAAAAAAUAAUCAUGUUCUGUCUCCUAUUCUUCGUACUUGUAAAAAUAUUUAUGAACAUACGAUACCGCUUUUGUACCUUGCUUUUGUAUGUCGUAAAAUUUUCUUUUGAUAUGUAGGAUUUUUUACUUUUCGUAAAUAAAUAUAUGAGGAAAACAGCUCUUAAUGGUAUCUGACGUCACCUGCCGCGAUUACGCCAGUUCAUGAAUAGAAAAUAACUUAUUGAUGGCAUUAAUAAUGCGUAGAGAGAAAAAUAUAAAUACUAAAAUGUAUUUUAUAACAAAAUACAAGCUGCGCGCGUACUUUCUCUCUCUCUUUUUACAAUUUCAUUAAUGUAUAGAUAAAAAUUUUAAAAUUCUAUUUUGCAUUGAAAUUGACAAAUCUCGAAACGCACAGUUUGCACAUCGCUAAAAUAAUCACGUAUUCUUGUAAAGAUCGCUUAGUUUGAAUUAUGUAUAGCUACACUAACGAUAUAUGUCGUAGAGAAAGUUGCAGUACUCGUUAAAGAAGCGUACUUUCACUUCUUGUAUUCGUCAUACUCACUGAAUAGCUCUUCUAUUCUGCCGUUUAUUGCACAUGUCACGGGAAUUUCAAUCUAAUCAAGGCACGAUAGAAUUAUGAGAUCGUAUUUUUCAUUUUUUGCUAAUUUUAUUGUCUCUUAUUAUAAUACAUAUCCAUACUGAACGGAAGGUGCCGAUUUAUAUUUAUUUUUGUAGAACUUUCACUUUCUUUUAUAUAUACAGCCGUUCGUGCGUGUGAAUGAGGUAAAUCUAUCAGAGAAGUCGUUAUAUAACAAUAUACAGUUCCGAUCACCUUACGCUGUGUUACAAAAGUUGAAUAAAAAAAUAGUUACCUUAGAGAUGAUGUCCUGUCUCAUUUUCUCUGUAAUCUCUCACACAUACAUUGUACUAAAAAAUCAUGUAUAUAUCUAAUAUAAUAUCUAUAUAAUAAUACUAUUAUAUAAUAUAGUGAUGAAUUUCUCUCGAGUAAGUAGGGCGUUUUAAUAAAAACAAUCAUUUUCAUGUAUCAACAUUAUAUACAUUUUGGAAUAUAAAAACCACAAAUGACAUUUGUACAUUAAUGAUAAAUAACUUAAGAGCAAUGUUAUUUCAGACGUUAAGUGUACAAAUCUCUGAGAACUAGGCGCGCAAAUGAGUUUUGGAUAACAUUCGAUUCAUUUCUUCACCUUAUGAAUCAAUAAGCCUUUCGUUUUUUCAGCAUACAUAUAAUGCAUGAUGAGAGAAAUUGCAAGUAUAUUUCCAACUCUUUAAAUAAUCAAAACAGAUAAAUAAAAUAGCCAAGAAAAAUUCGCUAUCGGGGCCAACAUUAUAUGAUGAAUCGUAUUUGCCACGUUUAGUACAUUUGCCUGUUUAGUACAUUGUCUUGCAUUUCUAUCAUUAUUUUCUUUAUAUAGCUCGCAAUCUAUAUGUUAGAAAUGCUUGUGUUAAUGCUGCUUUAUGUUACAUCACGUUUCUUACAAAUAUAGAUACGAAAUUUGGAUAUAUUUUUCAUUGAUUCGAAAAUAUUACGAGAUAGAGGAUAAGAUUGUAAGAUAAUGCCUCUUGGAAAAAGGAGAUACUUUUAAUUUAUUCCGUUAAUUCAUUAUCUAUAUACACUAUAUGCGUUGUUGAAAACUUAUUAAAAUGGAUGUAUAUUUUUAUAGAGUGAUCCUUACAUUAUCAAAUGAGGAAUGGAAUGAGAUAUACAUACUUAAUCUUAAAAACUACAUUAAUUACCAAAAACACAAAAA